UUACUGUUUCAAGAUUUGAAUGGUAGACAGCUUCGCGUGGUCAAUUUCCAGAUGCCUGUUUCUUUUACUACUAUUUUCGCAGCAAAUGAGUAGGAACCUUUCAGGAUUCUGGAUAUGGCAGGAGAUGAUUCAUUUCAUUAACAUUCAUUUGUCUCUGCAAAAUCCAAAAGUAAAGCAAUGAGCGGCCUUUCUUCAACAAUAGCCCCGCCCAGUUUCUCUUUCCGAUCCCAACUUUUCCACCAAAAUGUUUACACCACUUCAAAUUCCAUCAUCAGAUGUUGUGAUGACACUGCAAGAUUGAACAUUAAACCUCAUGAAGACAAUGGUUCAGCAAGUUUUCCUGAAAAGAACCUCCUCCUAAAUCCCGCAGCAUUCAAGAAGCCUCCAAGGCCACGCAGAAUCAUUCUCGUCAGACACGGUCAAAGUGAAGGAAAUGUGGAUGAAGCCGUUUAUUCUAGAGUUGCUGACCCCAAAGUUGGCCUAACAGAACAAGGAGUUGCUGAGGCUGAAGAAUGUGGGAGGAAAAUAAGGAAAAUGAUUGAGGAAGAUGGAGCAGAGGAUUGGAAAGUUUAUUUCUAUGUAUCACCAUACAGGAGAGGACUCGAAACGCUGCGUAAUUUGGCCAAGGCAUUUGAACGUUCCAGAAUUGCUGGUGUCAGAGAAGAGCCCCGUUUAAGAGAGCAAGAUUUUGGAAACUUUCAAAACGAAGAACAGAUGAAGAUUGAGAAAGCUGUUAGAGCUCGCUAUGGUCGUUUCUUCUAUAGAUUUCCCAAUGGGGAAUCAGCAGCAGAUGUUUAUGAUAGAAUAACAGGGUUCAGGGAAACACUUAGAACUGAUAUUGACAUCGGACGUUUUCAACCACCUGGUAAACAAAGCCCAAACAUGAACUUGGUAUUGGUUUCUCAUGGCCUUACGCUGCGGGUGUUCUUAAUGAGGUGGUACAAAUGGACUGUGGAGCAAUUUGAAGGACUGCAUAACUUUGGCAAUGGAAAAAUGGUUGUCAUGGAAAGAGGUUAUGGCGGAAGGUACAGCUUGUUAAUGCAUCACAGCCAAGAAGAGCUAAAGAAGUUUGGAUUGACAGAUGAAAUGCUGAUUGACCAAGAAUGGCAAACAAUAGCCAAGCCUGGUGAGCUGAAUUAUGAUUGUUUGAUUACCGGACCAUCUUACUUCACUCACUUUGAUGAUGACAGUAGAAAGUAACUCAGCCAAGACAGAGAAAAACAGUCAUGGAUCAGGGCAAGGGUUGAAUCAACUGCAAUUUAACUCUUUCUCAGGAUAACCAUGGCUUUCGUUAGACUAUUCCCUCCUCUGCAACGCAUGUAUCGGCCUAGUUAUUGCCCCUCCAUUGUAUCAUAGAAGAAGAAAAAUAUCAUAAUAACAUACUAAUUCAACUGUGCUGUCUUUCCGCAACCCUAAUGAUCCUAUCCAGUGACUCAUGCUAUUA